GGAGGGGAGGGGGGGGGUCUGGCGUUGGGCCGUUUUCCUUUCCAACUCCUCCGUGCUCUCGGGUGUGCGGCCCCGGCCUUGGGGUCGCGGUUUCCCCCCCCUCCGUCCCAUACCGCUGGGCGGCCUCCCCCGGCCGCGCAGCCCUCCCCCUUGGGCUGUCCUAACUCAUGCAAACCCCUAUUGCCAGCAGCCUAGCACCCCAUCACCAUGUUCGGCUCAUCCCGAGGGGGGGUCCGGGGGGGCCAGGACCAGUUCAGCUGGGAGGAUGUCAAGACGGACAAACAGCGCGAGAACUACCUGGGGAACUCGCUGAUGGCGCCGGUGGGACGCUGGCAGAAGGGCAAGGACCUGACGUGGUACGCCAAGGGCAAGCAGGAGCCAGCCCCGCUGUCCCGCGAGGAGGAGCUGGCGGCCGUGCGCCUGGCGGAGCAGGAGGCCAUGAUGGCAGCGCUGGGCUACAAGAACGUGAAGAGGCAGCCCACCGGCCUCAGCAAGGAGGACCUGGCUGAGGUGUGCAAGCGGGACGGCGCAGAGCGAGCCGAGGACGUGGACCGGGUGGUGGGCUUGGGCAGCACCAGCGGCAGCGCCGGGCGGGUGAUGCUCUCCAAGGAGGACAAGGAGGCGGCCAAGAUGGGGCUCUCUGUCUUCACGCACCACAAGGUGUGCAGCAGUCCCGAGGCGUCUGGCUCCAAGAGGAAGCAGGACAAGGAGGAGAAGGCGGAGGAGAAGCGGACAGAGAGCGGCAAGAAAUCCAAAAAGGAGAAGAAGAAAAAGAAAAAGAAGAAACACAAGAAGGAAAAGAAGAAAGACAAACACCACAAGCGGGACGCCACUCCGUCAUCCUCCUCCUCCUCUCCGGACCAGGACGAGAGACGCCACGGCAGGAAAGCCCAGGACCGUCCAGCAUCCCACAGCAGCCGUCCCGAGGCAUCGCGACACCGGCACCGCCGGGACACAGAGUCCUCCGACAGCAGCGGGGCCUCGGGCAGGAGCCCCUCCUCGCACCGCCCGGCUCCCAGGAGGGCACGGAGCCGCAGCAGCCACCGGCACCCGUCCCCGAGGCACAAGGGCAGGAGGAGGAGCAGGAGCCGGUCUCCGCGCUCCCGCGGGGCCAGGCAGCGUCACGAUACGGAUUCUGGUGACUGAGGGGUUUUGCUGGAAGGGAUGUUUCAUAGGUGAUAUAUUUUUUAAGGUUAUUAUCUAAAUUAAAGUCGCGGCUUUACAGCUGCCGGGGCUGGGUCUGGCUGUUGGGGCGCCGGUCUCAGCGCAGCCUGGUUAUUGGCUGCACGGUGCGAUGUGGGCGGUGUGCUGCACAUCCCCUCUGUGGGGUCAGUGGGAGCUGUCACCUUGGCUUCCCCUAGGUUAAACCUAGCAGCAGCGGGAGCUCGCCCUGCUGUUCGCUCCACCUGUGGUAUAUGGAAAAUCAGAAUAACACCGUUCUAGAACGGGAGCGGAACGCAGCAGGUGCCCGAGUGCUCGCUCCGUGGAUCUGACCUCCCUACAGUGACCUCUUUGGGGUUCAGCAUACAGCUCUGACCCCCAGAAGUCUUUAAUUUGGGUGUGAGCCACCAGCCCCUGGCAAGGCAGGAGGAAGCAGAGACGUCACGGCCGUGAGCUGUCGUGGGGGUGGCAGGGGGACACGUGUCCCCUUGGGCUGAGAAACGGCCUCUUUGGCUAAAAACGAAAGCGCUGAAGUGAGUCCUCAGGAGAUGGAUGGGGCUGGGGCACCUCCCGCAGGCACCUGCAGCCGGGAUUUUAAACCUCACGACCUAAACACGGGUCUUGAUGUGCUCGUGGGUUUGAAAGCCGUGAAUAGGAAUAUUUGGUCCACGUGGAAAGGGGACAUCCCGAGCGGCUCCUGCCUCGUGGGGCCGUCAGCGCGGAGCACAAGGGCCUGGUCUGUGUGUGUCGUGGUGCCAUUCCUCCUGCCCAGGACAGGGCUGUGCUGUGCGUCCUGGCAGACAAAAGCCCCGUGCCGGGGGCCGGCGUCAGUUUGCACUUGGGCAGCUUUCAGGGCCUUGUGUUGCCCAAGGGGCUGUGCCCACGUGGAACAAGGGCAGCAUUCAUCGCAGCAGGACGAGCUGGAAUAAAGCCCUUCUGUCCCGCUC